AUUAAAUUUAUUUUUUUUUCUGUGGAUUUUUCCUACAUUUUCGGUCUCCUUGUCCAAGAACCAUCAUCAAAACCCUAAAACUCCAUCUUCAUUUUUCAUUUCACACUACUUCACUCUCUCCAUUACUGCAACUUCAGCAGAAACCAAGAAAAGAAAAAAAAAAGGUCUCUCCUUUACUACGCCUUGUAGUAAAAACCCAGAGAAGAAAACCCCCAGUUUAUCUUCUUCAUCAUCAUCUUCUUCUUGAUGAUGAUCAGUAUGGACUUGAACAAAUUCAUUUCUUCUUCUUCUUCUUUCUAGUUGAAGACUCUACUAGACCUCCUGUAAGAGUAUUGUUAUUUGGUUAUUGGUUGUGAAAAUUUGAUGGAGAUGAGGUCCGGGUGUAUAGUUUUAGUGUUUUGGAGUCUCUUAGUUUUUGGAAAAGCACAAGAAGUGUACAUUGUGACUAUGGAAGGGGAGCCCGUGGUUAGUUACAGUGGAGGAGUGGAGGGAUUUGAAGCUACGGCUGCCGCAGAAGAUACUGAUGAGAGAAUUGACACUGCUAGUGAAUUGGUUACAUCUUACUCCCAUCACCUUGUGAAGAAGCACGAUAUGCUUUUAGACAUGCUGUUUGAAAGUGGCACCUACAAGAAGCUCUACAGUUAUAAGCAUCUGAUUAAUGGGUUUUCCGUUCAUACUACACCUGAGCAGGCAGAAUCCCUUAGACGAGCCCCUGGUGUGAAAUCUGUUGAGAGAGAUUGGAAGGUGAGAAGACUAACAGUUCACACACCUCAAUUUUUGGGUCUUCCGAUGGGAGUGUGGCCUACCGGUGGUGGUUGUGACAGAGCUGGAGAAGAUAUUGUGAUAGGAUUUGUUGAUUCAGGAAUAUAUCCACAUCAUCCUAGCUUUGCAACCCACAAUACUGCUCCGUAUGGACCUCUUCCAAAAUAUAGAGGAAAGUGUGAAAUUGAUCCAGAUACUAAGAGGGACUUCUGUAAUGGAAAAAUUAUUGGUGCGCAACAUUUUGCAGCAGCUGCUGUUGCUUCUGGAGCAUUUAAUCCCUCAGUUAACUACGCAUCUCCUCUUGAUGGUGAUGGGCAUGGAAGCCACACAGCAGCAAUUGCUGCUGGAAAUAAUGGAAUUCCGUUGCGGAUGCAUGGGUUUGAGUUUGGGAGAGCAAGUGGGAUGGCUCCUCGUGCUAGGAUUGCUGUGUAUAAAGCACUUUACAGAUAUUUCGGAGGAUUUGUAUCGGAUGUUGUAGCUGCUAUUGACCAGGCUGUUCACGAUGGUGUGGACAUUCUCAAUCUCUCAGUUGGACCAAACAGUCCUCCAGCCACCACCAGGACCACCUACUUAAACCCCUUUGAUGCCACAUUGCUUUCAGCUGUGAAAGCAGGAAUAUUUGUGGUCCAAGCAGGAGGAAAUGGAGGUCCUUUUCCAAAGACCUUAGUAUCUUACAGUCCAUGGAUAACAACUGUUGCUGCUGCAAUUGAUGACCGCAGAUACAAAAAUCAUCUGUAUCUGGGAAACGGAAAAAUCUUAACUGGGCUUGGUUUAACACCUGCCACACUUUCAAACCGAACAUUCACCCUAGUGGCAGCAAAUGAUGUAUUGUUGGACUCGUCAGUUAUGAAAUUCAGCCCUUCAGAUUGCCAAAAGCCUGAAGUUUUCAAUAAGAAUUUGGUGAAGGGAAAUAUUCUUCUCUGUGGGUAUUCAUUCAACUUUGUUGUUGGCUCUGCAUCAAUCAAGAAGGUUUCAGAAACCGCUAGGGCCCUUGGUGCUGUUGGCUUCGUUCUUGCAGUUGAAAAUGUUUCGCCAGGAACCAAAUUCGACCCUGUUGCAGUUGGCUUGCCUGGGAUUCUCAUCACUGAUACCAGCAAGUCAAUGGAUCUUAUUGAUUACUAUAAUAGCACUACAUCAAGGGACUGGACAGGGCGGGUGAAGAGCUUUAAAGCAACAGGUAGCAUUGGUGAUGGUUUGAAACCUAUACUUCAUAAAUCGGCACCCCAGGUGGCACUAUUCUCUUCGCGAGGACCAGAUAUAAAAGAUUUCAGCUUCCAAGAUGCAGAUCUUCUCAAACCAGAUAUUUUGGCCCCUGGUGCUCUUAUUUGGGCUGCCUGGUCUCCGAAUGGAACAGAUGAAGCUAAUUACUUAGGUGAAUCAUUUGCUAUGGUAUCUGGAACCAGUAUGGCAGCACCACAUGUAGCUGGAAUAGCGGCCCUGGUAAAGCAGAAGCACCCUAAGUGGAGCCCAUCUGCCAUCAAAUCAGCUCUGAUGACCACAGCAUCUACGUUUGAUCGAGCAGGCAAGGGUAUUCAAGCUCAGCAAUAUUCGGGGUCUGAAACCAUGACUCUGGUACCUGCUACUCCAUUUGAUUACGGAAGUGGGCAUGUCAGUCCCAGAGCUGCUCUCGAUCCUGGACUCAUCUUCGAUGCUGGUUAUGUCGACUAUGUGAAAUUCCUUUGUGCAACUCCCGGAAUUGAUCCCAGCGAGAUCGCAAACUUCACAAGUUCAUCGUGCAAGACCUACCACGGUGGCCACCCAUCAGACCUCAACACUCCAUCAAUUGCAAUCUCCCAUCUCGUAGGAACUCGAACUAUUACCCGAACCGUCACUAAUGUAGCUGAGGAAGAAACUUACACAAUCACGACAAGAAUGUCCCCGGAGAUAGCAAUCGAAGCCAAUCCUCCAGCAAUGACUUUGCUUCCUGGUGCAUCACGCAAGUUCACCAUAUCCCUCACCGUUAGAUCAGUGACUGGAUCUUACAGCUUCGGACAGGUCUUGAUGAAAGGUAGUCGUGGUCACAAGGUACGAAUCCCAGUCGUUGCUAUGGGUUACUAUUGAAUGCUUGUUUUCAAUGUAUUGUGUUCUUGAUAUUCUUUGUAGUCUCACUGAAUAAGAGGUAUAAUAGUAUGUACGUAUUUAUAUCUAGCAGUAUAUACGUAGAGAAUUCUGUAAUUGUAGUCCUAGUAUUUGAAAAGGCGGAGAUGGCUAGUUUCCCCUUUAUAUAUAGAUAGAUAUAUAUAUCUAAGUUUUGUCUCUCACGUAUUAUGAUCGGAAAUUCUGUAUUUGGUUCGUAGUUUUCUCUGUAAUAACUGUACCAAGAAUCCCUCAUUAGCUAUGUAUCAUCGUUAGUAUUCUUCUCUGCAAUUGCUUGAGCUCAUGAACAUAGUAUUCGGUCA